AUGAAAACAAGACAGAAACGACAGCGCGUGUACCUCGUGGGGCGUCGCGGUCGAUCCGACCAGCCUGACACAGUGUGCUGGAGCUGCAGUUUUGCUUUUCUUCUCUCUUCUCUUCUUCGGGCCAACGAAGAGAGGCACGCGGAGCCGCGGCGAGCACAAGACGAAGACGAAGAAGAUGAAGACGCGGAAGAAGCGAAAGACGAGGAAGAGGAAAAAGAGAAGGAAGAGAAAGAAGAGGAGGAAGAAGAGGAAGAAGCGAAGGACGAUGAAGAGGAAGAAGAGGAAGAAGCGAAGGACGAUGAAGAGGAAGAAGAGGAAGAAGCGAAGGACGAUGAAGAGGAAGAAGAGGAAGAAGCGAAGGACGAUGAAGAGGAAGAAGAGGAAGAAGCGAAGGACGAUGAAGAGAAAGAAGAGGAGGAAGAAGACGAAUAA